UGUAAAGAAGCUGUGGAUCUUAGGGAUCUUAAUUCACCUCAUAGUAGAGCAAUGUAUGUCUAUCCUCCAAAUGUAGAAUCUUCACCAGAACUGCCAAAGCACAUAUAUAAUAAGUUAGAUAAAGAAAUGAUAAACUUCUUGAAGGCAGGGACUGUUAUGCUGACAAGAUGUAGUUGUGCACCAGCUACACAGCUUGCAUGCAGUAAAUAUCUAUUGACUGAAUGAAUUGUGUGCAUAUGGUACCGAUCACUUGCUAAAUUGUUAUCUUACAAUAAAAUGGAAGAAAUUUGAGUUUUUUAGGAUACCAACAGAUUUAGAGCUGAUUAUCUUUUUAUAAAUAAAAACAAGUAUAAAUAGAAACAUUUCAUGAAAUUUUGGGAUAACUUUACACAUUCUUGUUUAUUAUACAUUAUGUGAAGAAAAAGUAACUUUCUUAAUGUUAAAUGCAAUAAUUAAAUCUAAUCAUAACAUAAUGUUUAGGUUGACUUUUGAGGUUUAAUAUAGCAAACAGUUUCUAGAACUAAGUGAACAUGAAAAUAUAUAAAUCGUUUUGGAAAUGAAAAUAUCUUUGUAUCAGACAAGUAUCUGUAUUUUUCAAGAUAACAAGGUAAAAGUUUCAAUUUGAAGUUAUAAAAUAGGUUAAGACUCACACACUGUUAAAUAUAAAAUUCUGUUAGUAGAAUAAGUUAUUACUAUUUCACCUGUAUUAUUCCAAGUAGUUUAAUGCAAUAUGACUUAAGAUCUUCUUUUAAAAUACUUCCUACUCUAGCAUAGUUUUUUUUAAGUGUAAUGCUUUUUUUUCAUUUUUUCCCAACAUUUUUUAUGGAAAUUUUUCAACAUAUAGAAAAGUUGAAAGAAUUAUAUUGUAAACAUGAGACCACUCAAGCAUAGUUUGGAUCUAUCCAUUUCCACCAUCUUUUUGUUUGCCCUCUGGCAUAAUUGAUCUUAAAGAGAGAAAAUUAGAAACUCGGUUUCCUCUCCUUCUUCCUUCUCCUUUCAACCAUUCUAAUUCAGCAUCUUUCUUUAAGUCUCUGUUGAUUCUUUACUUCUCAUAGUUACCAGAAACUCUUCCACUUUAGGCCCUGUUGAGUUUUUGAUACAACCUAAUGAGCCACUCUUCACAGGGGCUGCAUGCUUGAAGUGUGCCAUGCAGUUUAGAAUGGAAAUUAGCUUGCUUUUAGGUACAUGUGAUCCACAGCUUUGGGUGUUUGCUAUAAAAUGAGAAAUUUGAGGAUUUCCUGAUAAUUACCUGGACUUAAUUAUGUUGAUUAUAAAUCAUUUCUGACUAUGGCUAGAAUAAUGUCCCUGGAAUAUUUGUCCCUUGAAAAAUGAAAUAUAUAUGAUGAUUGCAUUUAAUAAUAUUUUUCUGUUUUAGGGCAAAUAAUAGUGGUGAUUUGGGUAAUAGUUUCUCCAAAUAAUGAUAAGCAGAAGUAUACUCUGAAAAUCAGCCAUGACUGUGUGCCAGAACAGGUGAUUGCCGAAGCAAUCAGGAAAAAAACUCGAAGUAUGUUGCUAUCAUCUGAGCAACUAAAACUCUGUGUUUUAGAAUAUCAGGGCAAGUAUAUUUUAAAAGUUUGUGGAUGUGAUGAAUAUUUCCUCGAAAAGUAUCCUCUGAGUCAGUAUAAGUACAUAAGAAGCUGUAUAAUGCUUGGAAGGAUGCCCAAUUUGAUGCUGAUGGCUAAAGAAAGUCUCUACUCUCAAUUGCCAAUGGACUGUUUUACAAUGCCAUCUUAUUCCAGACGCAUUUCCACAGCUACACCAUAUAUGAAUGGAGAAACAUCUACAAAAUCCCUUUGGGUUAUCAAUAGUGCACUCAGAAUAAAAAUUCUUUGUGCAACCUAUGUGAAUGUAAAUAUUCGAGAUAUUGACAAGAUCUAUGUUCGAACAGGCAUCUACCAUGGGGGAGAACCCUUAUGUGACAAUGUAAACACUCAAAGAGUACCUUGUUCCAAUCCCAGGUGGAAUGAAUGGUUGAAUUAUGAUAUAUACAUUCCUGAUCUUCCUCGUGCUGCUCGACUUUGCCUUUCCAUUUGUUCUGUUAAAGGCCGAAAGGGUGCUAAAGAGGAACAUUGUCCAUUGGCCUGGGGAAAUAUAAACCUGUUUGAUUACACAGAUACUCUAGUAUCUGGAAAAAUGGCUUUGAAUCUUUGGCCAGUACCUCAUGGAUUAGAAGAUUUACUGAACCCUAUUGGUGUUACUGGAUCAAAUCCAAAUAAAGAAACUCCAUGCCUAGAGUUGGAGUUUGACUGGUUCAGCAGUGUGGUAAAGUUUCCAGAUAUGUCAGUAAUUGAAGAGCAUGCCAAUUGGUCUGUAUCACGAGAAGCAGGAUUUAACUAUUCCCAUGCAGGACUGAGUAACAGACUAGCUAGAGACAAUGAAUUAAGAGAAAAUGACAAAGAACAGCUCCGAGCAAUUUGUACACGAGAUCCUCUGUCUGAAAUCACUGAGCAAGAAAAAGAUUUUCUAUGGAGCCACAGACACUAUUGUGUAACUAUCCCUGAAAUUCUGCCCAAAUUGCUCCUGUCUGUUAAGUGGAAUUCUAGAGAUGAAGUAGCCCAGAUGUACUGCUUGGUGAAAGACUGGCCUCCAAUCAAACCUGAACAAGCCAUGGAACUUCUAGACUGUAAUUAUCCAGAUCCUAUGGUUCGAGGAUUUGCUGUUCGAUGCUUGGAAAAAUAUUUAACAGAUGACAAGCUUUCUCAGUACCUAAUUCAGCUAGUACAGGUCCUAAAAUAUGAACAAUAUUUGGAUAACCAGCUUGUGAGAUUUUUACUUAAGAAAGCUUUGACUAAUCAAAGGAUUGGGCACUUUUUCUUUUGGCAUUUAAAAUCUGAGAUGCACAAUAAAACAGUAAGUCAGAGGUUUGGCCUGCUUUUGGAGUCCUAUUGUCGUGCUUGUGGGAUGUAUUUGAAGCACCUGAAUAGACAAGUCGAGGCUAUGGAAAAACUCAUUAAUUUAACUGACAUUCUCAAACAGGAGAAGAAAGAUGAAACACAAAAGGUACAGAUGAAGUUUUUAGUUGAGCAAAUGAGACGACCAGAUUUCAUGGAUGCUCUACAGGGCUUUCUGUCUCCUCUAAACCCUGCUCACCAACUAGGAAAUCUCAGGCUUGAAGAGUGUCGAAUUAUGUCCUCUGCAAAAAGGCCACUGUGGUUGAAUUGGGAGAACCCAGACAUCAUGUCAGAGUUACUGUUUCAGAACAAUGAGAUCAUCUUUAAAAAUGGGGAUGAUUUGCGGCAAGAUAUGUUAACACUUCAAAUUAUACGCAUUAUGGAAAAUAUCUGGCAAAAUCAAGGUCUUGAUCUUCGGAUGUUGCCUUAUGGUUGUUUGUCAAUUGGUGACUGUGUGGGACUUAUUGAGGUGGUGAGAAAUUCUCACACUAUUAUGCAGAUUCAGUGCAAAGGCGGCCUAAAAGGCGCUCUACAGUUCAACAGCCACACACUACACCAGUGGCUCAAAGACAAAAACAAAGGAGAGAUAUAUGAUGCAGCCAUUGACUUGUUUACACGUUCGUGUGCUGGAUAUUGUGUCGCUACCUUCAUUUUGGGAAUUGGAGAUCGUCACAAUAGUAACAUCAUGGUUAAAGAUGAUGGACAACUGUUUCAUAUAGAUUUUGGACACUUUUUGGAUCACAAGAAGAAAAAAUUUGGUUAUAAACGAGAACGUGUACCAUUUGUUUUGACACAAGAUUUCUUAAUAGUCAUUAGUAAAGGAGCACAAGAAUGCACAAAAACAAGAGAAUUUGAAAGAUUUCAGGAGAUGUGUUACAAGGCUUAUCUAGCUAUUCGGCAGCAUGCCAAUCUCUUCAUAAAUCUUUUCUCAAUGAUGCUUGGCUCUGGAAUGCCAGAAUUACAAUCUUUUGAUGAUAUUGCCUACAUUCGAAAGACCCUCGCCUUAGAUAAAACUGAGCAAGAGGCUUUGGAAUAUUUCAUGAAACAAAUGAAUGAUGCACAUCAUGGUGGCUGGACAACAAAAAUGGAUUGGAUCUUCCACACAAUUAAGCAGCAUGCUUUGAACUGAAGUGAGAAGUGAAAAACUGAAAGCCCAGUUGCUGGAUUCUACACUGCACUGUUAAUAACUGUCAGCAGGCAGAAAGAGACUGGUUGCAUAGGAAUUGCACAAUCCAUGAACGCAUUAAAAUUUACAAGAACAAAAAUAAAAUAUAAUUUAAAUAAUGUAAACGCAAACAGGGUUUGAUAGCACUAAACUAGUUCAUUUCAAAAUUAAGCUUUAGAAUAAUGCGCAAUUUCAUGUAAUGCCUUAAGUAAGUCCAAAAAGGUAAACUUUGAAGAUUGUUUGUAUCCUUUUUUAAAAAACAAAACAAAACAAAAAAUCCCCAAAAUAUAUAGAAAUGAUGGAGAAGGAAAAAGAAUGAUGUUCUUCAUUGUCUUGCAAAUAUUCUAUGUUUUGAACCAUGGACACAACAAAGUCUGUUAUUACAUUAGGUCCAAGUAAACUGAAGGUUGGUGUUAAAUUACAUACAAUUGGAAAAGAAUGAAAAAUUCUUAUUUUUCCAUUGCUGUUCGAUUGAUAGUUUGAAGUGAGCUUUUUGACUCCUUGUUUAAUGAAGAAAAAUGCUUGGGGUGGAAGGGACUCUUUUAAGAUUUCACCAGAGAGUUUUUCUUUUUAAUAAAUCAACCCUUUUGAUGAUUUGGGGUCUUAUCUGCAAAGUUUUGGAAGCAGUCACAAAUGAGACCUGUUAUAAGGUGUUUAGGGGGGAGGAGUUUUUUCUGGACAGUAUUUACAAGCAUCUGAUCUUAUUUCCCAGGGAAAUUCUGGACCCCCCACAAAAUAAAUAAUCAUCACAGAAAAAGAAUGAGCAGGAAUAGUUCUUGCUCCAGAAUUGUACAGUAUUCACCUUAGGUUGAUUUUUUUUUUCUCCUUUUGCAAUUGAACUGAAUUCAUUUUCAUGCAUGUUUUCCAGAAAAUAGAAGUAUUAAUGUUAUUAAAAAGAUUAUUUUUUUUAUAAAAGGCUA